AUGGAGGGGGAGGAGGGCGGCGGCGGGGUGGACUGGGACAGCCUGGCCGAGGCCGCGUCGGGGGCCGUCGGCGCGCUCGUCAGCACCACCGUCCUCUACCCGCUCGACACCUGCAAGACCAAGUUCCAGGCCGACGUGCAGACGGACCACGGCGGACACAAGUACAGGAACCUCUCAGAUGUCUUUUGGGAGGCAAUUAAGAAGAAGCAAUUUCUGUCCCUGUAUCAGGGCCUCAAGACCAAGAAUAUCCAGUCGUUCAUUUCGCAGUUCGUUUACUUCUAUGGCUAUAGCUAUUUCAAAAGAGUCUACCUGGAGAAGAGUGGAGCAAAGUCCAUUGGAACAAAAGCCAACUUGUUGAUCGCAGCUGCCGCUGGUGCUUGCACGGUUGUCGUGACACAGCCACUGGAUACGGCAUCUUCUAGAAUGCAAACGAGUGCCUUCGGAAAGUCCAAAGGGCUGCGAGCAACUCUUGCCGAAGGUACUUGGCUUGAGGCAUUCGAUGGUUUGGGCAUUUCCCUUAUGUUAACAUGCAAUCCUUCAAUUCAGUACACUGUAUUUGAUCAGCUUAAGCACAAGCUAAUUCAGAGGCAGAAACGUAAAGCAGAAUCAGCAGGUGAUUCUUCCCCAGUUGCUCUUUCUGCCUUCUCGGCAUUUCUCCUUGGUGCCAUCUCAAAAAGUGUUGCUACAAUCUUGACUUACCCAUUGAUCAGGUGCAAGGUCAUGAUUCA